AGGAGGACGGGAUCGGGGGCGGGAAGUGCCCGGAAGGAGCGAGACAGGGAGGGACAGGGCAGAGGAGGAGAGGAAGGCGAUGCGACGGACAGGCGCACCCGCUCAGGCUGACUCUCGGGGGCGAGGUCGAGCCAGGGGCGGCUGCCCUGGGGGCGAGGCGACGCCGUCUCUUCCUCCACCUCGCGGCGGAACCCGGGGACAGGAGCCUCAGAUGAAAGAAACUAUCAUGAACCAGGAGAAACUCGCCAAACUCCAGGCACAAGUGCGCAUUGGUGGGAAAGGAACUGCUCGCAGAAAGAAGAAGGUGGUUCAUAGAACAGCCACGGCAGACGAUAAGAAACUCCAGUUCUCCUUGAAGAAGUUAGGGGUGAACAACAUCUCCGGUAUCGAAGAGGUGAAUAUGUUCACAAACCAAGGGACAGUGAUCCACUUCAACAACCCCAAAGUUCAGGCGUCCCUGGCAGCGAACACGUUCACCAUUACAGGCCACGCCGAGACCAAGCAGCUGACAGAAAUGCUGCCCAGCAUCCUCAACCAGCUCGGUGCCGACAGUCUGACCAGUUUAAGGAGACUGGCUGAAGCGCUGCCCAAACAAUCUGUGGAUGGAAAAGCACCGCUCGCCACAGGAGAGGAGGAUGAUGAUGAAGUUCCAGAUCUUGUGGAGAAUUUUGAUGAGGCUUCCAAGAAUGAGGCAAACUGAACUGAGUCAACUUUUGAAGAAGCUCAGACUUGAAGAAGUUACUGGGAGCUGCUGUUUUAUAUUCUGACUGCUUUUUAAAAUUUUGUUCAUGGAUCUGAUAAAAUCCAGAUCUCUAAUAUUUUUAAGCCCAAGCCCUUUGGACACUGCAGCUCUUUUCAGUUUUGCUUAGACACGACUCAUUCUUUGCAGCUCAUUAAGCUGAAGAAGCCUGGGGAUAAAGUUUGAAACAAAGGUUAAUAAAGUUCUUUGCCUAGUA